GUAUAACAUGCGCCGGUGGCCUUGGGGGAGGCCCGACGGCCUUGCGACUGAUCUUCUUCUCUUCCCACAUUAUCAGGUAUUGACGUUGGCUGAUUGACGGAUAGUCCUGCUAUUGUUGUCCUUGCUGCAAGCCAUAUUGCAGCUCACCAACGCAUUGCUGGAUCUGCGAAUAGCUUCAUCGUAGCAUCCCGCCCGUCAAUCAACGCAACUAACCGAGUCCAGCCAUAUCCCCCCUUCUGUACUUGCCGCUUUCCCUCGCCCAUCCAUCCAUCCAUCCAUCCCCCGAUUUCCCGAACAGAUAGUCUCGACUAGAAUUCUACGUGAUCAUUGGUAAAGAGACUCAUCAAGAAUCCCAAUCUCCGUGUUCUCAUAUAGUCCACUGCCUGGACGCUCCCCGAGAGAAAAAAAAAAGCAAGACACCAACCCCGAUAAUACCAACCCCAGCGACAUGCGACAGCUAUGGCAACAGGAUCUCAAGCGUUCUACAGCCUGUGGCAAAAGGAGCCAAUCCGGGAGAGGCUCUUCGAUCUACUAUCCAAGGAGGACAUAUGUAAUGUUCGCCUUGCCUCGUCGGCAUGCUGCAACCUCGUUACCAAGAGGCUUUUCCUACGAACCCACCUGACCUUCUCGGCCCACACCUUCACCCGACAGAGCCGGAUUCAGGCGUUGUCGCGGAUAGGCCAGCACAUCGAACACCUCACCUUCUACUUCCCGCAUUCCGACGCCACUUUCCUACCGCCGCUCAUCCAUCCCGAGAGCGGGCGCGAGAUCAGCUUCCUCUACAAACCCCAUACGUCGAUGGCGUCGGUUCUGGAGAGGCCCAAGUUCGCCAACUCGGGGCUUGGCGUCGUCCUCACAGAACAGUACCCACCCCUGUUCCACGCGGCCUCCAACGUGCCCUCUUUUAUUAACGCGAUGAAGCACUUGCCCAACAUCAGACACCUCACCAUCAAGACCCCCGGCCAGGACCCGAGGGAGAGAUACCGGCGCGACAUCGUCGACUACGCGCUCAUCAGCCUGCGCAUCUCGCUCGAACGGGCGCCGAUGGCGAAGCUCAACAAGCUCUCUCUCUCGUCCGUCCAUCCUUCCGCCUUCAUCUACUUGCGCCACGUCACCGGCUUCGGCUGUCUCCCGUCGGCGGCCCGGCGGUGGCGGCAGAUCCGGAAGCUGUGCGUCUCCGUCGAGUCGUGGGAUUUCUACGGCCCUUCGCCCGGACUGGACCACCUGAAGAUGAUCGACGACUACAUUCGGAACUUCUCGGAAAACUUGGAAAAGUUGACCUUUAAGUGGAUCGGUCAGCGGGGACCUUGUCCGUUGUCGCUGGCGGCCGACCCGCUGUUUGCGCCGUCGCGGAGCUCACAGAAGCUCUUCAACGAGGUCACUUCGCCCAUGUCGCCCUUGCCGCCACCGCCGUUCAGGAAGCCCAUCGUAUUCCGGAAGUUGCGCUACAUGGCUAUCCGGAAUACGACGAUGAAUGCGCCUCAAGUAGCGAGCCUGGUCACCACCCACCAGCAUAGCGUGCGCGAAUUCGACUUCGAGAACGUGAUCCUGAUAAAUGAAGGUAGCUGGGACGACGCGCUGGCCCCCUUGCUGAACCGGACACCCCGCGGGCACCACUGGACUCGGCACUCGACUGCGACACUCAACGGUCCCGCGAGCAUCCACUCCCCGCGCCUCGCAGACGAUCUGUCGGCACAGUCGCCCGCUGUCGCGGCAGUAUCGCAGGAGCUCCUCGAGAUCGACCUGAACGGGGGCGAAGGCGAAGGCGAAGGCGAGGAUGACGAGGAGAGUGACGACUAUGACCUGCCUUCGGAUCUCGAGGCCGCCCGGAAAGCCAGCAUUUCGAGCCAGAUCAAGAAGCGUCGCGUUACGAAGCGGCGUCGGAAGAAGAAGCCCAGGCACGAGCACCACCACCAAGACGAACGGGAGCGCAGGGAGCGACAGGCUCGCCGGCAACACUCGGAGGACUCCAUCGACCACCCGAGCGAGGAGCCCUGUCGCCACAACCACCAACGUCACCAUAAGCUCGAGAAGGUCAAGGAACCGUCGGAGAGGCGGCCGGAUAUCUACUCAUACGAACACCAGCACCAGCAACACCAGCGCCAGCAACCCCAGCACCUCCAACACCUCCAGCACCUCCUUCAUCUCCAGCACCUUCACCCUCUCCAACACGAUCACAGCCGCCAGCCCUCGAACGAUUCCCUCAACCGCCCGCGCUACCCCCCACAGUUUUCCCCACCGCCGCCACCGCCGCAGUUCUCCACCCCGCCCCCGUCGCCCCCGCGCCAGCGCCUAUUCGGUGAAAUUGAUAGCGCCUACUCCUCGCCCGUACCCUCAACGCCGCCGUCGCGGCGCCUCUUCGGCGAGGUGCCACGACUCGGCUCGGCGCACAACUCGCGCCCGGGGUCGGGCGCCGGCUCGGGCCUGGGCUCCCCCUUCGGGUCGGAGCCGGAGCUCACGCACUCGCCGGUGGACGAGUCGGACUCGAUGGCGGAUGAAUACUUCCGGCCGCGGACACCGCAGGGGGGCGCGUCGCCGCCGCUCUCGCUGGCCACUGCCAAGUCGCUGUACACAGACGUCAGCGUGCGUAGCUUCGGCACUCCCACCGAGCCCGAGGGCAUGCACAUCUCGGCGCCGCUCCCAGCCGCCGAGUCCAAUUCGUCGAUGUUCCUGCUCGAGCCGACCGUCUACGACCCGACGGCGGCCCUGUGCUCGGAGAUCUCCGCCGUGCAACGCGACAUCGAGGCCGACGCCGCCCUGCGCCUCGUCGCCGAGGACCCCGAGCUCCAGAGCAGCGCCCUGCGCCGCGCCAAGGAGCUCGUGCUCAGCCGCCUCGGCCGCGAGUUCUCCGCCGCCAGCACCGCAACCAGCGGUAGCCAUUACGGCAGCAGCCACGGCAGCUUCGGCAGCUUCGGCGGCGGCUGGGGCAGGAAGGGGAGUACCGGUGGUCUCUCGAGGAAGGAGAGCUUCGGCGGCGCGGGAGGCUUCCGCGCCGGCGUGAGGUUCCGCGAGGGCCUCUUCGGGAGGUCUGCCGCAACGAGCACAGUGCACAGUAUGGAUGUGCCGAUACUGUUCAGCCGAGCUUAAAAGGGGUUGUUUCGGCGCUGUGGGGUUGGGGACGGAUGGGAUGAGGAGGGAGGCUAAAGGGGGGUGGAGCGAUGUGACGAUUAAUAAUAAUGAUCAUGAUAACGACGAUGAUGUACUUAUGACAGGUAACGAUAUCACAAGCCACGAUCGUGAACGAAUCCUCUUUUGUUUGUACUAUUGAACGAAUAUACAUUCCUUCUCUUCUCACUGCA